UUAUUCUAUUUAUCUAAUUAUAUAUUGCACGGAGAGCAUAGACGCCGAGCCCCCGGCUGGUGUGGGUGUAUUGUAUUGUACGUGUGUGUACUCCACGGGAGCGCAGAUAGCCGAUUAGAGUAACUGCAAAUCAAUAUGACUAGCUGCUGUCGAUUUUGAUGUACGGCAGUACUGGACUCCUAAGACCCUUGCUCUGUCUUUCCGCCCCUCAUACUUAAUUAACGUGGCGUGGCUCUUGACACCCUCAAAACUCCACUCGCUUCCUAUUGCCCUCUGAUAGCCUCGCCAGCCACUGUCAAUCUCUAAACUCGAUCUUGGAUAUCUACGCAUACUCCCAUAUACAUUCAGAUCUACCCUGCUGCAUUGGAGAGCCGCUCAGGAUGACCUUCAGUUGGCCCGUUGCGCACGAAUUUUCUUUGAGCUGAGACCCUCGGCGGAAUCCUUAUCCCCGGUUUCACACGGUCUCCGCCGUUGACUUCAAGAGUAUAGCCUCGCCCAUUGACAUCUAUUUAACCCCGAAAUUACGUGGCGGAUUCCUCUUGACAUACACCUUGCGAAUUCCCCGAGGGUUUCCGCGAUACCUCGAUAUUCCACGACGUAGUCAUAACGAAGAUAGGCAGGAAGCCACCCUCGAUCUCGGAGUUGACAUUCACAACUCCGUCGAACUACACACAUACAUCUGUCGGAAUGGGUGUGGAACGCCCUCCAAUCCAGAAUAGUGAGGUCUAUGUCCUCAAUGGCCGGACACGGCCGGCGCCUCCCUCACCUCCCACGCCCUGCGAGACAAGGGCAAUCUCCCCAGUACCAGAUAAGCUCAUGACCAUCGCCCCUUCAGAGGUAACUGGCGCUUAUCCGGUUCUCGAAGCACGCCUCGCCACCGCGGUGCAUGUUCUAAAGACUGAGGCAAAGGCCUUGUCAUAUCUCGCGCGCCUAUACCAAACAGACUCAAUCGCAAGGCAGGGUUUCAAUGAGACGGUGGAGCUGAUACGGAGGGCCAUGGAGAUGAGAGGGAAGCUGGUAAUCGUUGGAGUGGGCAAGAGCGGACAUAUCGCGAACAAGCUCGUGGCAACGAUGAACAGUCUCUCCAUACGCGCCACAUUCCUCCACCCCACCGAAGCGCUUCACGGCGACCUCGGCCAAAUAGACACCAACGACAUCAUCCUCUUCAUCACCUUCUCCGGACGAACCCCCGAGCUCCUCUCCCUCGUACCCCACCUCAACCCCGAAAACGACCUAAUCGUCCUCACCGCACACACCCACCCCUCAACCUGCCCGAUAAUCGACCGCCGCCCCUCGGCCAUCCUCCUUCCCGCCCCCAUCUCCGAAUCCGAAACCACCUCCUUCGGCAUCUCCGCCCCCACAACCUCCACAACCAUUGCUCUCGCCCUCGGCGACGCCCUCACCCUGGCCAUCUCGCGCGAACUCCACGGCACCUCCGCAACCUCCGUCUUCGCCACCAACCACCCUGGAGGAGCCAUCGGUGCCUCCUCCCCUCCUCCUGCCGCUAAAACCAAACUCGCCGAAAUCGCCGUGCCGCUCGCUGAUAUCCCAUUCGUUGGCGGCGGCUGGGGCACCGCCCUCGCAACCCACGUCAUCAUCGCGGGAUACCAGUCCCCGUCGGGGUGGGUGCGGUACUGCGAGAACAGUGUUGCACCGCCGCGGCGGAUCAGGCGCCUCCAGCCGGAGGAUAUGGAUAAGCUGGCUACGAAGGUGCGGGGGCUGGUGGUGACUACGCCGGAGUGGAUCGUGGUGAGGGAGGAUAUCUCGGUGAGGGAGGCGAUUGCGUUUUUGGAGGCUGCGAAGAUGGAGUCUGCGAGGGGAGAGGCGACGUAUGAUGAUGAUGCGGUGAUUGCGACGGCCGUGGAGGGGAAGGUGACGGGCGUGGUGGAGAUUGCCACGUUAAUGUCUCAGAAGUCGUGAAUGCUAUUUUAGAUGGCGGUUGGACUUGGUCGAAGGGUCCAUCUUUUGGUUUAUUUCCUUUGGAGCAUGCUAUUAUGCUUCGCUCAUUGAGCCAUUGGUCCGCGCUGAUGCGUAUAUGAGUGGCCUUUUGGAGAAGCGGCAUUGGCCCAGACAAAAAUAUGUUUUGGAGCUGGCAUUUUGAAAGAUUUUACGCAACCCAGCCUAAUAGGGUUUUUUGGGGUGUGGAUAUCGCCGCCUCGGUUUAGUUGCUGGCGCUCGCGUGGAUAGAGAUGAUAGGCGGUGGGAUAUUUGCUCUUUAGGUUUAUAUAUAUACAUAGCUACGACUUGACGAAUUUGGGAGAUGCGUCUCCCCCCCUGCGUCAGCUUUUUAUGGGGUUUAGGUUCAUUGUGUGGGAGUA